AUGGGAAGAAAAAUCUUUAGUUUUUCACUUAUUUUUUUAUGUAUGGGGUUUUCACUAACCUUGGACCAGUUACUUGCCAGGAAGAACAUAAGUUUCAGCUCUCCGACAUCUUCAAAUAAAGAAGUGGUUAUGAACAAUGAUCAGCAGAAUAAUGGAGGUAUGAAACCAGUGCAGGAUUUCACAACAAUACGAAUCACACAGGCUCUCAACUACAAUCUGAGCAGACAAGAUUUAGAAAAAGAACCUUGGAAUGCAUUCAGCCAUCAUAGCCUGGUUGAUGUCUCCGUGGAUGGAAUUCCCUGCAUUCUCUUUUGGUCCAAAAGAAUAACAAUUAAAUUUAAGAAUCAGACCUGGCUGGACCUUACAGAUGAAGCCAUUGGCCGGAAGGCAACAGUGGAUGCUGGCAACUCAAAUUGCGGUGAAGGAAGUGCCAUGUUGUCUCUGAAGUUUGGUGAUGCUGAAAAUCCCAGAGGUAUUGAUAUAAGAUUCACCCUUACCAGUUACAACAAGUUGUCCAUCCAGAGCUGGUUUAGUUUGCACUGAGUCGAGGUUAUUUUCAAUAAUUCAAUUCCAGCAACUUUUAAUGCAACUGGCGUAUUUGCUCCGUCAAGUUACUCCUACCACUGCCAGCGUGUCAGCAGCCUGCAGCGGUAUGAUGCCCUUUUGUUGCCCAGCGACACCAAUGAUAUGUCAAGCCUGUGGGAGGUCACUUUUGUUGAUUUCCAGAUCCAAGGCUUUCCAUUAAGUGGGGGACAGUUUGCCAGGGCCCGAGACUGCACCUCUUCCUUCUCACCAGCCAUUCCAAUCAGCCUGGCAAUGUCCCUGAUCCUGCUGCUGGCGCUGGCCUGUGCCCUGCACAUGUUCAUCUACCUGCGCUGUCUGGACUGGCACUAUGACUUCAUUGCCUCUCCGGCUCACUUCUGCCAGUUGGAAGCUCGAGAUGCAUCAGAAGAGAAGGAGCUGCUGAGGAGCCAGGGAGUCGAAUGCUAUGAACUGAGAAGCCAACGGAUCUGCAAAAUGUAUGUUUAA